UCUGUCGGCUUCACUCUGCUCUGUGUGUUGAGUCCUGAACCGCAGUAAACAGCAGACAUACAACGAAUGACAAACAAAUAAACACAGUGACAGACAACUGCAGCAAUGGGCAAGUUACAUUCUCAGUUGGCCAACCCCAAAGACGAGAGUCAGGACGCGCUGACGGUGUCCGGAGAGUACAGAGACGGAGAGGAGGAUGGGAAGAACGGAGACGUAUCGCAGUUCCCCUACGUGGAGUUCACUGGACGGGACAGCGUCACGUGCCCGACAUGUCAGGGCACCGGCAGAAUACCACGAGGCCAAGAGAAUCAGCUCGUUGCUCUGAUUCCGUACAGCGACCAAAGGCUGCGGCCGAGCAGGACAAAGCUGUAUGUCACGAUAUCAGUCGCACUUUGCCUGCUGCUGUCUGGUCUCGCUGUUUUCUUCCUAUUCCCUCGCUCUAUUGAUGUCUCUUACGUGGGAGUGAAGUCCGCCUACGUCUCCUACGACCUGGACAAACGAAUCGUCUAUCUCAACAUUACAAGCACUCUGAACAUCACCAAUAACAACUACUACACCAUAUCUGUGACCAACAUCACAGCCCAAGUGCAGUUCUCCAAGACGGUGAUCGGCAAGGCCAAGUUCAGCAACAGCUCAGUGAUCAUACCUCUGGAUGAACGACAGAUUGACUACACAGUUCCCACCACCAUUGCUGAUGAGAUGAGUUAUAUGUUUGACUACUGCACCUUGCCGACCAUUAAAGUUCACAAUAUAGUGGUCAUGAUGCAGGUGACGGUGACCACGUCUUACUUUGGCCACGCGGAGCAGGUCUCCCAGGAGAUGUACCAGUACGUGGACUGUGGGGGGAACACCACCUCCUUGCACGGGCACGUGCAGGUCUACCAAUAAAGGAAGAGAAAAGAGUCCAUGCAUUAAGUACUGCUGCGACUGAGAAUCUUAGAGAAAAAACUGGGCUGGGAAGUCUUUCCGCAUUGACAAAGGAAUAAUGGACAGGGAUGUAUUUUUCUUAAACCAGUCAGUGGCUCAUCCGUUCGUAAAUUCCCAACCACUUUCUUCUUUUAAAGUCAAAUGUGACUAUUAAAAGAGCUCCAUUUGGUUGGUUACUUGUCGAACAGGCUGGUAAAAGCAGACAAACACAGCCAGAAAUUUUGAAGGAUUUGCCUCAAGAUUUGACGUUAUUUUCACCCUGGUGCCAACGAAAUAGACAUAAUUUAAUAUUCACAUUAAUGGUAGACAUUCCCAUCAUGUUUACACCAUCACUCCUCAGCAGUAAAAUUACUGAAAGCAAUAGUUUCACAUGUGAUGCACUUUAACCCGAUCCUUAUCUACAGAUAUUAAGAAUGUCCUCCGAGUGCUCCCAACUUCUUUAUACCACUUUAACGAAAAAUACAACAACUGAGGUUCAAGAUUUUUUUGACAGUAAAAACCACUGAGCUGUUCCUGACCGCCUUGUUUUACCUCUUUCCUUUCUCUUUUUAUUUUGUUACAUGAAUAUAAUUGAUAAUGUGUAGUGCAAAAUAGAUGACUUAUUGUUUUAUGUGAUUUUUUUUGCAGGGUUGUUUAUUUUUUCUUUGAAAAUAGAAAUCUUUUCUAAUGUUUUGCUAUCAUUCACCCGAGUGACUUCAUAAAAGCUAAUGUGACUACUUUGAAGAGGUGACAAAAUAACAUUGUGAAAGGGAUAUUUUUUAUUUCAUAGCAAAUGUGGCAGCAAUAUAUUGGGCUAUAAACUAAGAAUUGUGUAAAUGUAAAAUAUGUAUUUGCUGGCUUGCUAUAUAAUUUCUGCUGUGGGAGCAGCUUCCUUCCCUUUUAAUGAGGUUGUCCUAUUUUUGUGAGCUGUGGUGUCAUUCGCAAUGACGUGUUUGCUAUUUUAAUCCUCUCUACAUUUAAAACUUGUGUCAUGCUGACUGCUAUUGUUUGAAAUUGAAAUUAUUAUGACAUUGUCACUUUUGUUUGCCUUCAUAUUUUGGAUAGGUUUUUCAAACACACCAUGCAACGACUUUUGUCUGACAGAAUAUAAAAAGUAUGAAUACAAGUUAUUUUAAAGUUUCAGAUCCUAAUUCAUUUGUACAGGUACGAUAAAAUGCAAUAUGCAAGUUUAACAAUUUCUACACAGCCAUCAUUAGACUGUUUAGGUCUAGAUUCAGCCCCUCUUCUUAUUUGAUUAGACAGACCGUGUAAAUGUGUCACUGCCUCUAACUCUUUGGUUUUGUGUUUCUCAUGCAUGAAGCUGAAAAAUAAAAUCAUGACUUAUUUUGAAA